AUGAAUGAGAGCCGCGAUAGUAUUGCCAUACCGUUGGGCAGUGAACCAUCAUUGCGACUGCAAUAUAUGAACUAUAAGAAUUUUGUUCGUUUCGGAAAGUUACUUGAAGAUUUGGACACAUUUGCGGUAUGGAUCUCUUAUAAGCACAAUCAAAGAAGUGGACCAAUGGGUAUACCAAGCCAUCAUCCCAUGGUAAUCGUUACGGCAGCAGUAGAUGAGAUACCAGCAUUGCAUUCAAAGCACAUUUCCAUUGUUGACCAUAUUCAUCAGGGACGUCGUGUUAACUUCUUAUCUGCGAGAUUUGUCACCGUAUCUCAAGACCCGAUCACUGGACGAGCAACACCGAAUAUGCCUCUAAUAACGACUGAUCCUGAGCAAGAAGAAAUUGUUCGAAGGGGACGUGCUGCUCGCGAAAUUCAUAAGCUCGACGAAGAACAUUCACUACUCCGAGAGCCACCUAAUGAAAGUGAACGGAAACUAUUGCACGACAUUUUCCUGAAAACCGUCGACCACAAUAGCCAUUCGUUCGAGCACCGUCGACUGCCAGAGAAUCACGUUUGGCUCGAAGAUGCGAAACUGAAAAAUGCGAUUAUAUGUUUUCCGAUUGAUCGAAAUGUUCACGGGAAAAUUUUUGGUGGUUACAUUAUGCGACUUGCGUUCGAAUUAGCCUGGUCAAAUGCUGCUAUAUAUGCGUACGUUUGUUUCAUUUGCAAACGCACAUCUCAUUCGAGUUGUAGUCAGGGGAUGCGUAAUUUCAUUCAAAUUUUCUUUCCCAUUUUUUGUUUCUAA